AGACUCAUGUGUGUGUGGAGCAAACAGCCAUCGAUUUUUUAAACAACGGUAUUAACGUUUAUAUUGUGGCCGACUGUUGUACCUCGCGCUUAAACCAAGAUCGUGAUCUGGCUUUGAAUCGUUUGCGAGAUGCCGGAUGUGUGAUUACAACAAGUGAGAGUAUAAUUUUUAAUUUGCUUCGUGAUAAAAAUAAUCCAAAAUUCGAUACAAUUCGGAAACUAGUCAAUCCUCCUUCCGUGGAUAUGCAAUUGUCAAAAUCUGGAUCGUCUGGUUCUACUACUUCUAAAUUAUAAUUGUUUUAAGAAAGUAUGUAUGUAUGUAUGUAUAUGGAAAUAUUGAUUUGUUUACAUAUAAAUACUUGUAUGUAUAUGUAUACUAAAUACAUAUAUGAAGCGUGUGUAUAUUUUAAUAGAAUAAAUUGUAAAAAUUAAGCAUACAUAGGCACAUAUUAUAUUUAAAAAAAAUUGUUGGAAUAAAUUUCAUAUACAAGGGGCACUAA